UGAUUAUUACUCCCAGUCACCCAGUGGACGGUCUCUUGGCGGGCAUCUUACAUCAUCAUGAUCAUCCCUUUCCACUUUGCCGGAGUUCGGGAGGCUGGAGCACUCUUUACGUGGACGGUACGGCUGUGCCGGGACGCUACUACAGGCUAUGGUUGCGAAGCUUCCACGCUUUUCGCCUUUCGUACCUGUGCUUUCUACUGUAUCAGUGUUACAAGCCAAAAAAAAAACCCCAAAAAAUCAUAUACAUUUCUCGGUCCAUGUUGCAUCUCUUUCCCUCGCUCUGUUGCGUCCUCUGUUGAUUUUUAUAUCCAUUCUUCGCCCCUCGACAAGUGACCCGAGCCCCGGCUGUUCAUCUCUAUCUCUUCUGAUAAAGAUUUUGCUUAUUCCGUCAUCACUUUCGGCAUCUAUUGACAGGGAUUGGCAAAAGAAGCAUUACCGCCCGACCGACCCUCGACCUUGCGCGGGGAGAGAUCUACAAUUCUUGAAUCACGACCGCCUUUUCAAUAGUCAACUCGAACCCCCCAUGCGCUGGCAAAGCACAGCGCCUACCACUGCGUGCCCGGUUCUUCAAUGCUUUAUGGCGGUGACAGCAAAGCGCAUCUACCGACCCUGAACUGUGAGUCUAGCCCAUCCACCCAUCAAGCACCCAGAAGCAUCCUCAAGUCGUAUGCCGUGUAUCAGCUUGCAGUGUUGCAUUGUGCCCCCUCCCCCAUCAGCACACGAGCCCAUCCCUGGGUCAUUUUGAUUGCAUGACUACAGAGUG